AUGGAAGGCUGGGUAUAAAUAAAGACAGGAUGUUCAUGGAAAUAAAGAUAUGGAUUCAUCUCAAAAUAAGGAAGUUUUAGAUAUUUUGAUGAUCAGACUAUGACUGAAUUAAAGAGAGAUUUUAGAUUAAAAGAUGUAUAAAUUGUACAAGAUAGAAUGAAUAAAAUUAUUAAAUUAUAGGGUAGUAAUGAAUCGUUAUAAAUAAAAACAGACUUAAAUGAAUUAUGGUAUUAAAAAUUAAUUUAGGCAAAAGUUUAAUCUAUGAAUAUCUCUUAUAUUCCAUAGUUUUAAGACUAAGUGUUUAUCAGAAUGAAUGAGUAAAUUCAAAAUGUUUAAUUGUAAGAAUAAUAAAACAUUGAUCCAAAUGAUGCAGUUAGUGCUCUAUAGCUUACAAAUAAAAAUAAUACAAAAUAGUAUACGAAUAUGCAAUUAUAAAGAGAUUAAUAUUAUGCUUACAUAUAAUAGAAUUAAAUUAGAACUAAUUAGCUUUAAAAUUAAAACCAAGUUUUUUAAGAAGACAAUAGGCAAAAUGGAUUAUAAUAAUUAGCUUAAAAUCUAAAUUAAUAGAUAACUAGCUAAAUAAAUAUUCCUUAAUCUAUGAAUCCAAGCAAUUAAAUAUAGCAGUAAAACAACUUAAAAGCCUAAAAUAGAACUAAUUAGCUUUAAAAUUAAAACCAAGUUUUUUAAGAAGAAAAUAAGCAAAAUGGAUUGUAAUAAUUAGCUUAAUAUCCAAAUUAAUAGAUAACUCGCUAAAGAAAUAUUCCUUAAUCCAUGAAUCCAAGCAAUUAAAUCUAGCCAUAAAACGACUUAGAUACCUAAAAUAGAACUAAUUAGCUUUAAAAUUAAAACCAUGUUUUUUAAGAAGAAAAUAGGCAAAAUGAAUAAAAAUAAUUAGCUUAAUAUCCAAAUUAAUAGAUAACUAGCUAAAUAAAUAUUCCUUAAUCUAUGAAUCCAAGCAAUUAAAUUUAGCCAUAAAAGAACUUAAAAGCCUAAAAUAGAACUAAUUAGCUUUAAAAUCAAAACCAAGUUUUUUAAGAAGAAAAUAAAUAAAAUGGAUUAUAAUAAUUAGCUUAAUAUCCAAAAUAAUAGAUAACUAGUUAAAGAAAUAUUCCUUAAUCUAAGAAUCCAAAAAAUUAAAUAUAGCAGUAAAACAACUUAGAUACCUAAAAUAGAACUAAUUAGCUUUAAAAUUAAAGCCAAGUUUUUUAAAAAGAAAAUAAGCAAAAUGGAUUAUAAUAAUUAGCUUAAUAUCCAAAUUAAUAGAUAACUAGCUAAAGAAAUAUUCCUUAAUCUAUGAAUCCAAGCAAUUAAAUUUAGCCAUAAAAGAACUUAAAAGCCUAAAAUAGAACUAAUUAGCUUUAAAAUUAAAGCCAAGUUUUUUAAAAAGAAAAUAAGCAAAAUGGAUUAUAAUAAUUAGCUUAAUAUCCAAAUUAAUAGAUAACUAGCUAAAGAAAUAUUCCUUAAUCUAUGAAUCCAAGCAAUUAAAUAUAGCUGUAAAACAACUUAAAAGCCUAAAAUAGAACUAAUUAGCUUUAAAAUUAAAACCAAGUUUUUUAAGAAGAAAAUAAGCAAAAUGGAUUAUAAUAAUUAGCUUAAUAUCCAAAUUAAUAGAUAAUUCGCUAAACAAAUAUUCCUUAAUCUAAGAAUCCAAACAAUUAAAUCUAGCCUUAAAACAACUUAGAUGCCUAAAAUAGAACUAAUUAGCUUUAAAAUUAAAACCAAGUUUUUUAAGAAGAAAAUAAGCAAAAUGGAUUGUAAUAAUUAGCUUAAUAUCCAAAUUAAUAGAUAAUUCGCUAAACAAAUAUUCCUUAAUCUAAGAAUCCAAACAAUUAAAUCUAGCCUUAAAACAACUUAGAUGCCUAAAAUAGAACUAAUUAGCUUUAAAAUUAAAACCAAGUUUUUUAAGAAGAAAAUAAGCAAAAUGGAUAAAAAUUAGCUUAAUAUCCAAAUUAAUAGAUAAUUCGCUAAACAAAUAUUCCUUAAUCUAAGAAUCCAAACAAUUAAAUCUAGCAGUAAAACAAGUUAUAAGCCUUAAAUAGAACUAAUUAGCUUUAAAAUUAAAACCAAGUUUUUUAAGAAGAAAAUAAGUAAAAUGGAUUAUAAUAAUUAGCUUAAUAUCCAAAUUAAUAGAUAAUUCGCUAAAUAAAUAUUCUAUAAUCUAUGAAUCCAAACAAUUAAAUCUAGCCGCAAAACAACUUAAAUGCCUAAAAUAAUUAAAACAAGAGAGAAGUUGAAUAUAAAUUUGAAAAAGAUUAGCAAUAACAAAAAAAAGACUAAGGUGUCUUUAGCAAUAUAAAAGACUCUAUAAUAGUUAAAAAGGAAGAUUAUUAUGAUGAGAAAUUUGUACUUGAACUUAAUAGCAAUAUCAAUUUAAAAAGGCAAGUUAAUCUAAAAAUUGACGAAAUAAUUGUGCCUAUUGUUAUUUAGACAAGUCUAUUCAAUUAGGAGCAAAAUAAUAGCACUAUUUAAUAUAACUCUAUGCAAUAUAUUCAGCUUUAGAAUAUUUUUGAUUAGUAAAGAAAUACUUUCCCAAUAAAAAUAUCUCUCUCAAUAUUUCUAAUGCUCAUAAUUGUGUUUAAUCUUAUUUAAUGGCAGAAAAAUUAGUUAAUUUACACUUUUUGUUCAAUAGUAAUAUCUUAAUUAUAUGUCUUAUUUUAACAUUUGAAGUCUAAAUAAGUUGCUACCAAAUACAACGUCCAAGCGUUCACUGCCGUUCCCCUGAAUAUCAGUGAAAUGUAUACAAUCAAUCAGCUUUUAGAAAAACUUUGUUAAAUCAACAAGAAUAUAAUCAUCUUUGAGAAAGAGAAAAAUAAAGAGUUAUUAAUUUUAGACAAAAAUAUAGAAUUUGAAUCUGUUUAUUAAAUACAAAUUAAAGACUCUACAAUUUUUUCAAUUAAAAUAUUCACCAAAAACUAUGAGUAUCUUGACUCAAUCAUAGAAAACUUUACUUAGAAUUUUACCUCUAAAACUGGCAUCUGGAAAGAAAGUCAGCACUUUUUAAAAUUUGCAAUAAAUUCUCACUUCAAAUACCGUCAAUCCUCUAAGUUAAGGUGCCGAAAAUAAAAAAUUAAAAAAAAAUUUGUACACCUUAACCUUAAAUUAAAAGCACCUUUACAUAAAGAGCACCUUAACUUUAAGAAUCAACGUCAACGAAGACCUGCUCUUAACUAAAAUCCUGUUUUAGAUGUAAUAGAGUAAAAAAUGUUGAUGUACUUUUCAAAGUAUUAAGUUAAUAAAGAAAAUUAAACAUAAUCACUAAGCUGUUACCUUUAUGUAAUUUUUAACUUUUUAAAAGAUAAUUGGUAAUUUUUAUAUGAGAUAUUUUGCUUAAUUUGGUUACUGCUUAGGUUAAAAAAUCAGGUAGAACAAUCUAAUUGGAGCUUUUAUUCUAAUUGGUCUUUACUUAUUAAUUAUGGAAUAACUUUUACCAAAUUAACCUUUUAUCUUGAAGAAAUAUUUUUAAGCUUAAGGACUGAUAUUACAAUUAAUGAAAAAGCAUAUAACUAUUACUAUAAAAAAGAUAUUUAUAAGAUAGCUUUUAAUUAAGAAGAGAUUUAAACCUAAGAUAAAAUAAAUCAUUUUGAAGUUUUAUUUCUGUGUGCAACACUUUUAGCAAGUUUUGUCUUUAGAGACUCCUAUAAUGUGAUAUAAAUAAUUUUAUUAUCUGCUUUAAAACCUAUUUUGUUAAAUAGAUAUUUCCAUAUUUAUUUAAUUAUUUUUUUUGGACCAUUUGUGAUAGUGUAUAAAUUAUAUAAGCUGAUUUUUAGAUCUUUUAAGUACUCGUGUUGA